GUACCCACCCCCAGCAACCAUUCUCCCUCUUCUUCAUCUAUACUUUCUUUUUAAAAUCCAUCAUUAAUUCCUUCAUUUCCUUUUCAGUUCAGAUAUCAAAAAACUUACAAACAUCCAAAUCCAACGGCGUUUCAUGCAUUUAAUAUAUAUAUUGGCCUUUCUUUAUUUUUUCUGGGUUUAGCAUAAAAUGUCGUGCUAGCCUAGCUAUUGCAGUGAGUGAAGUGAGUGGAAUCCCAAAGCCGUUGUUGUCCCAAUUCUCCUACCGUCUUCUUCUUGGACGACCUUUCUCCUUCACAACCCCAUUUUGUCAUAAAUAUAGUGUACUUGUUGCAGAACGGUGUAUUAUUACUGCUUGCUUUUGUUAGCUGUAUGAAGAGGAGUGAAAUUCAUUGAUGUUAAUGGCCGCUUGUGAUUUGGUAGGUGAAAAUGGUGGUAUUAAUGGUAGAAACAGCAAUGAUGAAAGCCCAAUGAGGAGCACGAUGAGGAAGAGGAUGGCUUCCGAGGUGGCUGAUUACCACAGGUUUCCUCGUCGGACUCAGUUUGUUUCUGAUAACAACAUGGCUUGUUCUUUCAUGGCGGCCACCGGUGCUAGUAAUAACCCUAAUCCGCUAUUCAACUACUCCACUAUGAAUAUGGAUAAUGUUAACACCGUUGUCCCUUCUGCGAAUUUCGCCGCCUUGACGUCAGCCGGGCCUGCUUUUUUAUCUACGACUGCUUCUAACUUUUCUUGCGUCGACGCCGUGGGUACUAAUACUCCCCAGCCGCCUGCCGUGUGUGGGUUUUCGGGUUUGCCUUUGUUUCCACCAACGGAGAGGAAUCGGAAUACCGCCGUCGAUUCCGCCGCCGUUACUGCCACGUCCGUGAAUACAACCGUCCCUGUCUCUUUAGCUCCGAUCUCGAAUUCUAUGGAUGAUAGUUCUGCGACGGCGUGGAUUGACGGUGUCAUACGGGACCUUAUCCACACUUCCUCUAACGUUUCCAUUCCUCAGCUCAUCCACAACGUGAGGGAGAUCAUUUACCCUUGCAACCCGAACCUUGCUGCCCUUCUCGAGUACAGGCUUCGUUCCUUAAUGGAUCCGCUUGAACGGAGAAGGAAGGAGGCGGCGCCGCCGCCAUUGCAUCUGCCGGAGGUCUCGUUGGCGAGACACCAUAGUCAGCAGCAACAACAACAAGGCUCCUCUGGGCUCACGCUUAACUUGGACUCCGCCAUAGAUAGCCUCCCUAAUUACUCCUUGACCGAACCCUGCGCCAUGAAUCAGUACUUAAGCUGGGGAAUAACCCCACUUCCCAUCUCUUCUAACAAUCAGGUUAGCAGUAGUCCUUCGGCGACUACACCACCGGUUCCGUCGUUAAAUCAGCACCACCGAGCUCAAGAGCAACCAUUGGUACAAGAAAACACCUCCCCGGUGGAGAAGACAACGGCUUCGACGGCGACGGUAGGGACUACCACAACGGCACCGACGUCGACCGUUGAAACAGUCCAAGCAUGCAACGGUAGAGACAGGAAAGAGGAGCUACGGCAACAGAAGAGAGACGAAGAAGGGUUGCACCUCUUGACUUUACUCCUGCAGUGCGCCGAGGCGGUUUCAGCUAAUAACUUCGAGGAUGCAAAUAGGAUGCUGUUAGAGUUGUCCCAACUGUCGACGCCGUUCGGAACUUCGGCUCAGCGCGUGGCAGCAUAUUUCUCGGAAGCUAUCUCGGCUAGGUUGGUCAGUUCUUGCCUGGGAAUAUGCGGUGGGCUACCAUCAAUCCCGCCGAGCCAUACCCAAAAAAUGGUGUCGGCUUUCCAGGUUUUCAAUGGGAUAAGCCCAUUCGUUAAGUUCUCGCAUUUCACAGCCAAUCAAGCCAUACAAGAAGCGUUCGAAAGGGAGGAAAGAGUGCACAUUAUAGAUCUUGACAUAAUGCAAGGCCUGCAAUGGCCUGGACUGUUCCACAUUCUCGCUUCCAGACCCGGUGGCCCACCGCACGUCCGCCUCACCGGACUUGGAACCUCCUUAGAGGCCCUGGAAGCCACCGGUAAACGUUUAUCUGAUUUUGCAGACAAACUGGGAAUACCAUUCGAGUUUUGCCCCGUUGCAGAUAAAGUGGGUAACUUGGAACCCGAGAGACUCAACGUCAGCAAGACGGAAGCCGUGGCGGUUCACUGGUUGCAGCACUCCCUUUAUGACGUAACCGGCUCCGAUACCAAUACACUGUGGCUGUUGCAAAGAUUGGCACCCAAAGUAGUGACAGUAGUAGAACAAGACUUGAGCCACGGUGGGUCAUUCUUGGGAAGGUUUGUGGAAGCCAUACACUACUAUUCUGCCCUGUUUGAUUCCCUUGGAGCAAGCUACGGCGAGGAGAGCGAGGAACGGCAUGUGGUCGAGCAACAGCUACUUUCCAAGGAGAUACGGAACGUGCUGGCACUAGGCGGUCCUUCCCGAAGCAGCGAGGAGGUCAAGUUCCAUAACUGGAGGGAAAAGCUGCAGCAGUCCGGGUUCAAGCCCAUUUCUCUAGCCGGUAAUGCUGCCGCGCAGGCCACCUUGCUAUUGGGAAUGUUCCCUUCCGACGGUUACACCUUAGUCGAAGACAAUGGCGCGCUCAAGCUUGGUUGGAAAGACCUUUGCUUGCUUACUGCUUCUGCUUGGAGACCCUUCCAUGCUACCACUACCACAGCUCUACACCGUUAGCUUAUUUAUUUUCCAUUUUAAUUUGCAAUGCAGCUAAGCUAUAUAUAUAUAUAUUUGUAUGUCUUUUGACUUAUUUGAGGAACGGUACCUAAUGCCUGAAGGGAUCCCACUGUAUUAUUAUUAUGAGAUUAUCAUAGGGUUUUUUUUCUUUAAAAAAAAUGAAUUUGAUAUCGUCGUUUAGUUUAGAA